ACCACCACAAGCUUGAGGUCCUUGCGGGUCCUCCAGGCACCCGCGCGAGCAAAAGCAUGAGUGUUUUCAGCAAUCUUGUCAGGUUUCUUGUCUCAAAUAAGGCGAACAAGAAGAAAGCGGACAGGUCCAAAGAGCCACAUGAAAUGUCAAAUGAAGACGGCGUCCCCAAGUCCGUCUCGGAGAGCGGCUCCAUUCAGACGCAGGACGAGAACAAUCCCCUGCUGGUGGCGGACAAGGACCGGCAGAAAUCUCAGGCCACCUCGGAGCAAGUUCAGAGCGGCAAAGUCGGCGGCCGCAGCGAUACCGCAGACGGGCGCCGCGAGCGCACAGGUGAGGCCCGGGCCCUCCGGACCGCCUCGGGCGUCCCCCCCGCGCAAAAGACGGAGGACAACUCGUGGCUCCAGGAGUACUUGGAAAAAACGCCCGCCAGGACGGCGCGCGAGAAAGAGUGGUGCGAGUGGUUCGCCCGGCGGGAAAAAGAAAGCAACGCCCGCUUUCAAAGGGCGCUGCAGGGCGUGCAGGACACCAUGAUGAUGUUCGGCAGCCAGCUGGAGGGCACCAAACGCGACAUGGACGCCACGGUGGCAGACCUGCGGGCGCAGAUGCUCAGCCUGCAGCGGAGCAUGGCGGCCGGAAUCGUGCAACGGGACGAGCGCAUCGCCAAACUGGAGUCGCAAAAUUGUCUUCUCCCGGGGAGCCGGAUGCACAACGCCGCCCCGCUGGACUUGGAGCCGCCCCACCACCUACCGUAUGACUGCCACUUUGCGCCGGUCACGCCGCCCUUCUUCAUCUUGCGGAACUCCAGCACCCAGUACCCCAUGCCCGACGGCGGCUUUCCCGCGUACCUGCAGCCCCCCCUCGAUCUGGAUCGCCGCUCGCCUCCUUUUGUUUGA